AUGGCCCCGGCCUCUGCCGGGGCCGGAAGUGCUACCGUGUUGUGCGGUGAACAUGGGCAUAUUGCCCGAAACUGUCCCAAGCCCGUCCGCCGACGCUCGGCGUCCCCUCGUCGAGAGGAGGCCAAGGAGGAGGCUAAGGAGGAGACCAAGGAGGAGGUCAAGGAGGAGGAGGAGGUGGAGGAGGAAGAGGAAGAGGAGGAGAAGGAGGGAGAGGAGGAGAAGGAGGACAUAGUCCUGAUUAAAAAAGAACCCCUCUAG